AUGGAUGUUAUGAAGGAGUUAGGGUUUCCAGAGGUGUUUCUUAGGUGGAUUAUGGAGUGUAUUUCUUCUGUCACUUAUAGCAUUCUUAUUAAUGGUCAACCUUGUCUUCCUUUUCCUGCUAAAAAAGGGUUAAGGCAAGGUGAUCCUUUAUCCCCCUUUAUCUUUGCUAUUGGUAUGGAGUACUUAUCCAGAAGUCUCAUGCAGUUGAAAGCUGAUCCAAACUUCAAUUUUCAUCCAAAAUGGUUGGAAGCCAAUUUGGAUAAGAGUAAUGCCUAUAUCUGUGGUGUAAGUUCAGACAUUCAGCAACAAAUCAUGCUCACCUUGAAUAUUCCUCCUGGAGGUACUGAUUGUUCCAAGAAAGCCCUUGUUGCUUGGUCUCAUAUGUGUUUACCUAAAACUGCUGGUGGCUGGAAUAUCAAAGAUAUGGAGAUAUGGAAUAAGGCAGUUGUGUGCAAGCUUCUGUGGGCCAUCACUCAUAAGAAAGAUAGGCUCUGGUCCAGGUGGGUAGAUGGGUAUUAUAUGAAAGGGAGGCCCAUUGCUGAUGUUCAUUGCCCUUCUACUAUGUCCUGGUCAUUGAAGAAGAUUAUUGGUUGUAAGGAGCUGGUUACUAAUGUUGGUGGAUGGUCAGCUGUUGAGAAGGAUGGUUGUUUCUCAAUCAAACCGAUGUAUAGGAAGUUAUGUGGGGAUCAUCCUAAAUUUCCAUGGAGGAGACUCUUAUGCAACAAUUUGGCAACUCCUAAAAGCCUUUUCAUCAUGUGGAUUGCUAUUUGGAAAAGGCUACCUACCCUGGACAGGUUGUUUAAAUGGGGGGUUGUUACUUCUGAAGUAUGUCCUGUAUGCAGCAUGUGUUCAGAAUCUGCUGAACAUUUGUUCUUUACUUGCACCUUAUCUUGCAGAGUCUGGCAGAAAGUGUUGGAUUUGCUGCAUUUUAAGAGAAGACCAGAACCCUUUGGCAAUGAGAUGCAGUGGGUGAUUAAGAGCUGUAAAAGGAGUGGGAGUAGACACAAGCUGCUGGGAAUGUUCUUUGCUGAAUGUAUUUGUUCCAUUUGGUUGAAUAGGAAUGAAGUUGUGUACAAUCAGGUUUGUAAAACCCCUGAGAUGCUGUUUAGACAGAUUCAGUUCCAUGUAGCUAGUAGAUCUUCUGAUGUAUUAAGCUCUACUUUGUUAAACUUGAGUAGAUAA